ACUUCGUUCCAGGGUGCAUUCAGGUGCAUUCAUAGGGAGGUGAUACGAAUGUGUGUAUCGUGUAGCGUCGUAGUUGAGAUUACUGAUUGUCGUGUUUAACCUGAAAAAUGGCGGCCAAUAUCGACGGUGUGUUUAGUAAGAAUUUACAGAAUGAAAUACUUCAGAGUAAAGUACUUAUCGUGGGCGCUGGUGGUAUCGGAUGUGAGAUAUUAAAGAAUCUCGUUAUGACAGGAUUUUCCGAUAUUGAAAUUAUCGAUUUGGAUACGAUCGAUGUUAGCAAUUUAAAUAGGCAAUUUUUGUUUCAAAAGAAACAUGUGGGAAAAUCGAAAGCGGAUGUUGCAAAAGAAACAGCAUUGACGUUUAAUCCAAAUGCAAAAAUAGUUCAUUAUCAUGACAGUAUUACAUCUUCAGAUUAUGGGGUAUCGUUUUUUAAGAAGUUCUCAUUAGUUAUGAACGCGCUUGAUAAUCGAGCAGCGAGAAAUCACGUCAAUAGAAUGUGUUUAGCAGCAGAUGUACCCUUAACAGAAUCUGGCACUGCUGGUUACGAAGGUCAAGUGGAACUUAUAAAGAAAGGAAUGAGCCAAUGUUACGAAUGUACUCCGAAAGCUGCACAAAAGAGCUAUCCUGGUUGUACAAUUCGUAAUACACCCAGUGAGCCUAUCCACUGCAUAGUUUGGGCAAAACAUUUAUUCAAUCAAUUAUUUGGCGAAGAAGAUCCUGAUCAAGAUGUUUCUCCGGAUACCGCUGACCCGGAAGCGGCAGAUGCAGCAGGUGAAAGUGCUCUAAAUUCUGAAUCAAAUGAAAAAGGAAAUGUUAAUAGAGUCUCCACUAAAGCUUGGGCACAAUCAUGUAAUUAUGAUCCAGAAAAAUUAUUUACAAAAUUAUUUCACGAUGAUAUAAAGUAUUUGCUUAGUAUGGAUAAUUUAUGGAAGAAACGAAGGCCGCCUACUCCAUUAAGUUGGAAAGGACUACCAGAUGGAGUUCCAGGAUGUAGUAAAGAAAUCAAUGAACCUGGCUUAAAAGAUCAACAACGUUGGAGUAUUUCUAAAUGUGGCACAAUAUUUGCCAACUCAGUAAAAAGUUUAAGCAAAACUUUAAAAGCUUCCCAAAAAAUGUCACCCAAUAACCAUCUUGUUUGGGAUAAAGACGAUCAAAGCGCAAUGGACUUCGUCGCAGCGUGUGCCAAUAUAAGAGCUUACAUUUUUGGUAUACCUCAAAAAACAAGGUUCGAUAUAAAAUCAAUGGCAGGGAAUAUAAUUCCAGCUAUUGCAACUACGAAUGCAAUAAUUGCUGGUAUAGUUGUUUUUCACGCGUUUAGCAUUCUUACGAAUAAUUUGAAAGGGUGUAAGUCCGUGUAUUUGCGUUCGAAAAUGAACCAUCGUAAUCAAUUAUUAGUACCAGAAAAGAAUGUUAAUCCGCCAAAUCCAAAAUGCUACGUAUGCGCGCCUAUGCCAGAAGCUGUACUAGCAGUUGAUACAUCUAAAAUGAAAAUUAAAGAAUUAGAUGAAGCGGUGCUGAAGGAUAGGUUAAAUAUGAUCGCUCCAGAUGUUAUGAUAGAUGGCACAGGAACUGUUGUCAUUAGUAGCGAAGAAGGAGAAACGGAACAGAAUAAUGAUAAACUUUUAGAAGACGUUGGAAUCAAAGAUGGUGUUAGACUUAAGGUCGAUGAUUUCCAACAAAAUUAUUCGCUAACUGUGACUGUAGUCUAUAGAGAGCGACCAAACUUAAAAAGCGAUAGUCCUGAUUUCCUUAUCCUAGCUGAUGAGAAAGAUCUUAAACCUAAAGAAGAUGAUUUGGUAAAACCAUCUACAUCCAAUGGUCAGAUGGAGUGUGAAACUGAUGAUGAUAUAAUAAUUGUUGAUACCGUUACCGUUUUACCAGACGUGCCGAAGAAACGUAAAAUUGAAGUUCCCGAUGUUGCAUCUCCCAAAAAAAGAAAAUUGGAAGUUAACGAUACAGAUGAUAAUGAUAUAUCUAUAAUUGAAAAUGACGUAUAUAAUGACGCUACUGCUGAUGAUAAAAAAUCAAAAUCAAAAUGUAAAAUUGCCGAAGAUGAAGAUUGCUUCAUUGUGUUUGAUGAUAAUAAGCACUCGACUGGAGUUUCGCAGUGAGCAAACUAAAUACAGACAGAUACUACUCAAGAAACAAAAGAAUCAGUAUAUUAAUAUCAUCUAAAAAUGUAUGUUUAUAUAAAUAUGUACAUACAUACCAAUUCCAGUAGGUGAGUUCUGUUCGUUCUUGUUUAUAAAUUUUCUUACAAUUCAACCGAUAUAACAGUUCGUUGAUAAAAAAGAAAUGUGAUUAUUAAUAAAUAAGUUAAAGGUACGUGUGAUGAUAUGCUACAAGAAUGAAUGUGUAUCCAUAGUAGUAAAUUUAUUUUAACUUUAUAAAUAAUUAUAAAAGUACAUAGUAUUACGUUUGAAACAUGUCAGAUUAUAGAAUGUACCUAUACAUUUUUGUAUA